GGGGCGGGACCUCGGCUGCUGGAGAGGCUCCUCCUCUGUCUUUAUGUUGGCCAAGAUGGCGGCCUUAAGUGUAAACAAGGUCGGGGCUGGCCCUGGGGGGGAUGCUGGCAACAGACAAAGCCGGGGGUCGGCUGGCCCUGUCGUCAAGGUUCUGGAAUGUGGUGUGUGUGAAGAUGUAUUCUCGUUACAAGGAGACAAAGUUCCUCGACUACUUUUGUGUGGCCAUACAGUAUGUCAUGACUGUCUCACUCGACUUCCCCUCCAUGGCAGAGCAGUUCGCUGUCCCUUCGAUCGGCAGGUUACUGAGCUGGGAGAUUCUGGUAUCUGGGGAUUGAAAAAGAAUUUUGCUUUGCUGGAACUUCUAGAGCGACUCCAAAAUGGGCUUGGUGGCCAGUGUGGAGCAACUGAAGAAGCUAUUGGCCUCUCUGGGGAGUGCAUCAUUCGCUGUGAUGAAGAUGAGAGUCAUCUUGCCUCAGUCUACUGCACUGUCUGUGCUACUCACCUGUGUUCAGAGUGCUCACAGAUUACGCAUUCUACCAAGACGCUAGCAAAACACAGACGUGUGCCCCUUGCUGAUAAACCCCAUGAGAAGACCAUGUGUUCUCAGCACCAGGUGCAUGCCAUUGAGUUUGUGUGCUUGGAAGAAGGCUGUCAAGCCAGCCCCCUUAUGUGUUGUGUCUGCAAAGAAUAUGGAAAGCAUCAGGGACACAAACACAGUGUCCUGGAACCAGAAGCAAACCAGAUCCGUGCUUCAAUUUUAGACAUGGCACAUUGCAUAAGGACUUUCACAGAAGAGAUCUCAGAUUAUUCUCGGAAACUAGUUGGAAUAGUUCAACAAAUAGAAGGAGGAGAACAGAUAAUUGAAGAUGGUGUUGGGAUGGCCCAUACAGAACAUGUCCCAGGCACUGCAGAGAAUGCCCGUUCAUGUGUCCGAGCCUAUUUUUCUGACCUUCAUGAAACCCUCUGUCGUCAAGAAGAAAUGGCUCUCAGUGUGGUUGAUGCUCAUGUGCGAGAAAAAUUGAUCUGGCUCAGACAACAGCAAGAAGACAUGACUAUUUUGUUGUCACAGGUUUCAACUGCUUGCCUUCACUGUGAAAAGACAUUGCAGCAGGAUGACUGCAGAGUUGUGUUGGCCAAGCAAGAAAUCACAAGACUUCUAGAAACACUGCAGAAGCAGCAACAGCAAUUUACAGAGCUUGCAGACCACAUACAACUAGAUGCGGGCAUUCCAGUAACCUUCACAAAGGACAACAGGGUACACAUUGGGCCAAAAAUGGAGAUCCGGGUUGUGACUCUGGGAUUAGAUGGAGCUGGCAAAACAACUAUUUUAUUUAAAUUAAAGCAGGAUGAGUUCAUGCAACCUAUUCCAACAAUAGGUUUUAAUGUUGAGACUGUAGAAUAUAAAAAUCUGAAGUUCACUAUUUGGGAUGUAGGAGGUAAACACAAGCUGAGACCUUUAUGGAAACAUUAUUACCUCAACACGCAAGCGGUGGUGUUUGUUAUUGAUAGCAGCCACCGAGAUCGGGUCAGUGAGGCGCACAGUGAACUUGCCAAGCUGUUAACCGAGAAGGAGUUGCGAGAUGCUUUGCUACUGAUCUUUGCUAAUAAGCAGGAUGUGGCAGGGGCACUUUCAGUAGAGGAGAUCACAGAAUUGCUGAGUCUUCACAAACUCUGCUGUGGCCGAAACUGGUACAUUCAAGGUUGUGACGCCCAAAGUGGCAUGGGACUGUAUGAAGGACUGGACUGGCUGUCGCGACACCUGGUGGCUGCAGGUGUACUGGAUGUGGCUUAAGUUCUUGUUGAAGCAUAAUGCUUGAACAUUUGGUUAACUUAUUUGUGUGACUUGAGGUGGUGAAACAUGAAUUUUGCAUCUAAAACUGUUUUUCCUAAAGAAGACGACUAACAGUUCUGCCGGAAUGCUUUAUCGAUGUAGUUCAGUGAUUGUGCAAUUCCUUUAGGUUUGAAAUUAUGGUAAAUUAAUACAGUGGCUUUGACAGAGUUGCAAGACAGGUGCCUUGAUUUUUAACUACAUUUCUUUUCAUCUCCUUCCAGUCUGUUAUCCCAUAGUUACUUUCAGGAUUUGGCGUUUGACAUCUUUGCUUUCAUGGUUUGCCUCACUGAAAUCAGUUUUGUUUCCCAAAUCUGAAAAUAGGCAGAGACACAUGCAAGUGUUAGUUGGCAUUGUCUCUGUUAAAAACUUGCAGUGAUAAAAUGUAGCAGGAACAUUACAGUGCUUAAAAGAAAAACAGCCAGAUUCAAGCCUUAUCUUUCAGAUCCUGCUAUGGCUUCUAAUUCUGGAUUGUAAUUUUUGUUGCUUCUUUGCGAUUAAUUCUGUGUAUGUGCCAACUAUACACAGACACACGCGCACACCUUCACCCCUUCCUUUAGUAUUAGAAAUACAUCUAUGUGCAGUAAACACGAAACACUUUUACCACUCUAUGCUUCCUGUUAUGGUUUGGAACAACUGUUGGAUGUAUAUUCUUCUUUUGCAGCAUAGAAACUAUAGAAUAUCUAUAAAUUCUACUAUGAAACCAUUGGCAAUGAAGUAGGAACAAGGACACUUUCACAUUCAACACAGUAAAGCCACAGGGACAGAUGUUGAGAACAAUGAAAUGUUUCAGAAUUCUGAAAUGUUUUACUCCUUUGGCAGCUGACAGCAAAAUAGUCUCCAUAUGGUAUAUAAUGUAACUCAUUCAGCAUCUGCUGCUGCACUUGAAUGAUGGGUAAUAUGAUGUUGGGAGAUUGGCUUUGACUGAGGAUCUAUGGUACAUAGGUCAGUUACUUUCUGUACUUAUAUUGGGGUGAACACAACCAGUUUUCCAUUCAGUCUUUCCCAUCUUUUCUUCUCGCUACAGCCCCGGUCUCACAUGGUUUUUAUCCAUUAUCAUGAUUUGCAGCAAAACCUUUUAGAGUGUUUAAACAAAUGUUAUAGCUAGUUUUUUUUUCCAGUUGUGCAGUCUGGUCAUGAAAAGCAGAACAAGUUCAGGUUCAACAACCUGAAUGUUGCUUUUGGUGCAAUGAAUGGAUGAUCCUGAGGCAACUUGGGCAGCGGGGGAAGAACUCUGUCGUUGUGGUAGAGAUGAAAACAGCAAUAACAACCUGGUUUGCAAGCUUCAAAAAUUAGCAGUUAGGAAUGUGACAGCAAGAGACCCUUUAAUAGAUGAAAUAAGGAUUACUCUACAAAAAACAGCAAUAUUGUGAGAGGAAGCGAGUGUCAUUUUGUAAUUGAAAUGGUAGAAGUGGCAAAGCACUUUAAGAUAUGUGUAGUAAAGAUGGUUCCUAAGCCCACAUGACUCCAAGGUCUACCUCAGGCUGCCCUGAAGAACUUCAUACACUUCUUUAAAGAUGUUGGGGAACCCCAGGCCUAAUCUAAUAUUGGGGUUUUCACCCAUUCUUCCCAAUACUUUUGUCUACUACAGUAAUAGUUCUGUUGAUAGUGGUUAAGAACAGUGGGAUAGUGGGAUAGUGGUUAAGAACAAUUGGAUCUCAUCUUCAGAACUGGGUUUGAGUCCUCACUCUUCCACGUGAAGGCUCCUGGGUGACCUUGGGCCAGUUACAGUUCUCCCAGAACUCUCUCAGUUCACAAAGAGGCAGGCAGUGGCAAACCACCUCUGAACAUCUCAGUCAUUAGUCAGCUGAAACCCUUACAAUGUUGUCAUUAGACAUCACACACACUUACUUCUCUAGAUUCCCUUUUCUGAUUCCCUGAAUAUUCUCUUUCCCUCCUAUGAGCCUCUUCAAAUAAAGUGCCCUCUAAUUCCCUGCCCCCAUGCUCUUUCAGCUCCCAUGUUGGAAGUUCUGGGAACAAAAACCAUUGUCUUGCAGAAGUGUCAUCUGUAUGAAAUGCUGAAAAUCUUCCUGUGGGCUGCCACUAAUGUAAUUGUGUAGAUGACAAUGAUGUAAUUGUGUAGAUGACAAUAAACAACCCAAGAUUCCAGCUGCCGGAGCUUGUUAGGAAGCACCAAAAAUAGUUUCAUGUCAAAAGUCGCCUAUUUUUGACACUUGUAUUUCUUGUGAGUUUGCAAAAGGAAAGUAUACUAAAUGUGUAGUUUGGUAGGUAAAUUAUGUUCUGUGAACAUCUCCAUGUAAGAAAAGCAGCAUAUUUCCUCCUCACAGUGAGUUUACUUAUAUCCGUUAAUUUGUAGUGAGCAGUCCCAAAUUCUAUGUGGCUGUGGUUCUAUUUCCUUUUUAUUUGUCAUGUUUUCCUGUUGACAGAUAGGUUGUUAAUGGUGGGAAAACUAAGGAACAAUAUUCAUUGAACUUGCUUAAUUGUUCCCCAUGAUCAGGCAUUUGAGCAUCUUUUUUGCAUUUUUCCAGUCAUUUGCAAUAUUUAACGUACUUAAUAAUGACACGAAGACUCUGCUAGUAGUUUGAUACAGAUUUGAUUUGAAUGUGUUGCUUUGAGGAAAGAAGGCAUGCUCCUUUGAUAGGACACCAAAUACAUGAAUUAUACAGGCACUACAUGAAUUUUCUUGCAAACCUGCUGAUGUAGGGAUUUUGUAGAAGUGUUUGCUAUUUUGCUCUCCAUAUUUUAUGUCUUAAGGAAAUAAUUGUGAUAUUCAGAACAGUAGAGUCUCUUGUAAUUCCACCUUGGAAGUCUCAGUAGAGCUGCUGUAGAUAUACUGGGGAGGAGUCGUUAGUAAUAGUCAUUUCUCAGACUAUGUUGGCUGCUUGAAGCUACAUUCUAAUUCCACUGGUGUAUACCAUCUUCCCCAAAAGCCCUGAACCCAUUCCUCCCCACCCAUGUAUGAACAAGAAGCAGUUAUGUAAUCUUUGGAUGUGGCAGUGUGUAAACUUUGCACAGAGCAUGUCACCAGAGACGUUCCAAUACAUUCAUUAGACUCAAUUAGUCUCCUCAGGAGCAACGUUAUAAGUGUUUGAUGUGGAUGAACAUACUUGCUUUUGUCACCAGCAUUACUCACUGUGAUUUAGGGAGUAUUCUGUUCUGGCGGAUGUAGAAAACUUUUAUUUUCCUUUCCGAAAGAACUGGGGUAAAAGUCUUCUAAACGCGCAAGAUUUUAAGUGUAGAAAACUGAAGUCUCAGAGUGACUUCUGGCAUGAAUAAUUAAUGAGGCUAAACUGAGGCUAUUGUACUUUGGUCACAUUCCGAGAAAAACUGUAAUGCUAGGAAAAGUUGAAGGCGGCAGGAGAAGAGGACGGCCCAACAUGAGAUUAAUGGACACUAUAGAGGAAGCCGCGGCCCUCAGUUUUGCAAGACCUGGACAAGGGCUGUUAACGAGCAGACAUUUUGGAGGACAUUGAUUCAUAAGGUCGCCCUGAGUCACAAGCGACUUGACGGCACUUAACACACCCAAUAAUUACAGUAUCACUUACACAACAUUACAAACUUUUCUUACUGGGUUUUUUUUUAGGAUGAUGUCUCUGCAUUCAGUACCUGUCUCACUAGUAUCUAAAUCCUGUUUAGUUACAGUGAGUAGUUUGCUGUUCGAACUGAGAAUCUGUGAAUCCCAUAAUAUCCCACUCAAAAUGCAUUGCAAGGUUAAACAGUGCUCUAGGUGAGAGGCACAGUUGUGCGUUUGAAAUUGUUUGGAUGGAUGCUUCUUUUUAAAUGAAAGACUUUCAUUUCCACACCUUAUUUAGAACUCUUGUUAAAAUGCAUGAUAUCACUUGAUGUGCAGCAGUUGGGAAGGCUUAAUGUGAAUUUUCAGCUUGCGAGUGGCUUUAAUUGCUGUAGUUUUGCUGUUUUUGGCACUCUGCUUAUUGUAAAACACUCACAACGUUGAUGUAGGAUAUUGAGGAGAAAAUGCUUGUUUUGGAAUACUUAGUUGUCUUUGGUUCCCAACAUGUCAAGUUCAGCUACAAAAGGUAGUGUGCUUGCAUAAAAGUAUUAUGUAACUUAAAUAAAUUGAAGUGACUGUGAAAAUAGGUGUUGCAGCUGUCUGAGUUUAAAUAUUACCCAAAAACACUUAGGAGCUUAUUUGUAUUGUAUAUAACUAAUUGUAAAUUUAAAGCUUGUUUAAUAUUUUGUUGAAUUCUAAUGCUGUUUAGUGUAUUGAUAUGGGCCAGUUUUAAAGUGUUUUUAAUUCUGGUAAUUUUUUAAAAGAUAGGAUAGGAAGCAUCAAAAGCAAACUUUUGGACUAAAAAUCAGUUCCUAAAAUCAUUGGAUUAUUAUAGAGUUACCGUAAGUUUUAACUGUGAAACUAAAAUGUAACAAAGGUAAACUUCUUGCUUUGAAAGUAAUGUAAUAUAUAAAGCGUCGUCUCUUGAUAUUUUAGCUUUUAACUGUAUGUAACAAAUUAACUUUCUAAUUCUGAAUUUGGGAUGACCAGAGGUAAAAGGAGAUUUUUGCACCAUGUCCAAACUUAAGAACUAUACCAAAUAGCAAGAUUGCUAAAUAGGAACUGCUUUUCAGAAUUGUACUGGUGCAAUUUCAGAAUAGCCUUGGAAUAAAUAAAAAUUAUUUAACCAAAA